AUGAUCUUCUUGGUUUACUUCCUGAUCCCUCUCGCCAUCAUCUCUGUGUAUUACUACCACAUCGCCCGCACGCUCGUUAAGAGCGCCCACGACAUGCCGGGGGAGGUCAGCGAACACACCAAGAGACAGAUGGAGACGAGGAAGCGUCUGGCCAAGAUCGUGCUGGUGUUCGUGGGUCUGUUCGCUCUGUGCUGGUUCCCCAACCACGUGCUCUACAUGUACCGCUCCUUCAACUACCACCAGAUGGACCUGUCGCUCGUCCACCUCAUCAUCACCCUGCUGGCUCGCGUCCUCAGCUUCUCCUCGUCCUGCGUCAACCCGUUCGCACUCUACCUGCUCAGCGAGAGCUUCCGCAGGCACUUCAACAGUCAGCUGCAGUGUGGUAGAGCUCAACACCCCGAGUGCCGGGCCAGCUACCUGCAUAGCACCUCCCACAUCCGCCUCACGUCCAUCAAGAAGAACACGCUCACCGCUCCAGCAGCCAAUGGAAACCCCAACAGACAGGAAGUGGCUCUGUGAGGAGGGCGGCUGAGUCGGUGAUUUACAAACGUCACCUGAUCUCCUGAGGUUCGUGAACGCACUCCUGACUCCUGCAGCUGCAACACGAGGGACCUCUACACGCCUUGUACCAGGUGAACGAUUCUACCAGCGGCUCCCGACACUUUGGACUCAACUACAUCCUCGACUUGGCAACCAAACAAAAAGUGCCUCACGAAAAUCACAGAGAAAUAAAACGCUUCAGCCACGGCUGCAGGAUUUAUUGAAUAUGUUCCAUCAAUGUAGAUAUCUCACGUGGUAUGUUGGAUGAAGUAAAACCUGCAGGGGAAGCUUUAACAAACCACCGGUCCCCGGCUGAGAGGACAGUCGUGGGUCGCAUCAGCGCCUCAUCGGCAUGUCAGCUGUGAAAACCUGGUUCUUUGUGCUCAGCUGAUGGAAUCAGCCAUUUUCAUUUACUCUGUGAUUCUAUGUUGAUCCAAUGAGACGAGGAUUUGAUUUUGUCUUUUUUUC